AUGGUCGUCAACGCCUCGUCAGAAUCGUCUCCCUUCUUCCCUAUCACCACCACCGGUUCUACUGCUACCAACACCACCACCACCACUAACAAUAAUAACACUACCCCUAAACGACGGUCCCUCGACAAUAACGGUCUCCCCCGCCCGCCGACCCCACCGCGUGAGUCUCCGCGCUCCAAAAAAGCCUCUACCGCCACUGCCAAAGACCCUUUCGCAACCACCGACUCCAACAUCCUCCUCGCCGAGUCCUCCCCUCCGCCCUCUUCCGAGUCCUCCGCCGUCGACAAGCCCAAAAAGCGCGUCCUCUGGUCUCCCUGGACUAAAUACCACAAGCCCGACGUCCCCCUCACCUCAACCCCCAUCCGCUCGCUCAUCGACGCCAAGAACCUCAAAAGCAUCCUAAAGCCCUCCCCCAUCCCCCUCUACACGGACUCACCCCUUGGCCGUCCCAUUGCCGCCCACACAUUCACCAGCUUCGCCAGCAUGCUUGAGAGCGUCCUCACCUCGCUGGCCUCGCCGGAGCGCAGCAGGAAACUCGACACCUACAUCACCUUCAGCAACACGCUCAAGGCCUACGACGAGAUCCCGGACAUGCCCGCGCUCGAGGCGCAUCUACCGGCCCUCUGCGACUUUAUCCGCCGCGACCUCACCGCAAAGCUCGAGGACGGCGGCAACACCGACAGCCAGCUGAUCCAGCAGGCCAUCAAGCUGCUCGUCAUCCUCGCGUGGACGCCGCGGCUCGUCGAGGCCAUGGACGACACCAACGCGGCCUUCUUCCUCGAGCACGCCAUUGCCCGCAUCGAGGACGCCGCCACUCCCAAGAUCAUCGUCAACCACAACCUGCACCUGCUCGCGCAGCAAAAGUUCCCCGCGCGCGUCAUGACCCCGGAGCGUGCGAACCGCAUCGUGACGGCGCUGGAGACGCUCGACGAGCGCGUGACGGGAAAGAGCAUCACGAAGGAGCGCAUCGAUAUAUACUACAAGCUGCUGUACCAGGCGAAGCUCGUCAUGACGGCGCGCAUCAGCGACUGGAUGGACAAUCUGUUUGGCGGGCUGCUGAGCAGCGUCACGGAGGUGCGCAACCGCGCGCUGAUAUGCAUUGCGGAGGUGUCGCGGGUGCUGGGGAAGGACAAGGCCGUGCCGAGGACGCUCACGAAUAUCUUUAGCAGACAGGUCAAGGGAAAGCGCAUGUUUGAGUCGAUCAAGGAGCGGCUGGACCAGUUCAUACGGGACGGGGAGGGCGUGUUUGUGGCGAGGAUGUGGGGCAUUGUGUUGCUGUGUGUCAAGACGCUGGGGGAUCACUGGGAGUACUUUACGCCGUGGCUGCGCAUCAUUGAGGGCUGCUUCAACGUCAGUGAUAAAGACGUCAAGGUCGAGGCACAGGUGGCGUGGUCGAAGCUAAUCUACAGCAUGAACAUUGGGCCCAACACCACCCGGAAGCUACUGGGACUACUAUGCAAGCCACUGGAGCAAUAUCUAGACCCAAAGAACGCCUAUUCAAACACCAAGAAGCCCCGGAAAGCGGCAAUGGCAAACGUAAGUGUAUUACUAUACUACGGCUUCCGCCCCACCGCAACAAACAAGCAGCUCUCGGACGUCUGGGACCUCGUCGUCGUCGGCCUCGUCGAGAAAAUGGCCCUCUCGUCAAAAGAGGAGGUCGGCGAGGGCUGCAGCAUCCUCUCUGCAAUCUUCGACUCCACCCGCCCCCGCCCCUGGCAGGAGACGCGGGUCCUUGCAACACCGCCUAUGGCACCAGAGGACGUCCCACGACUGGACCCGAAAUGGGUGCGCUCCAACACGGCCCUGGUCCUGAACACCCUCGAAGUGGCGCUGCGCCGCGGCCACUGGAAGGAGGAGGCCGAUAAGGGCGUCAAGAGCCUCUGGGCGCACUUCACGAAAACACUGAGCGACGCGGGAUCAAAGGAGAUCAAGGUGAGUGCGGAGCUAAUGGAGGCCGUAGCACACCUCUUCAACAUGUUCCAGCGCAUCUGGGCCGCCGGUCCCAGCGCGCUCCUGGGCGCAAAAGAGGCGCCGCCAACAGUGUCGGCGUCGUUCAUUAAGAAGUUCUCGUUCCUGGUCGUCACUGCGCUGCAAUCACUCGGCACAAUCCCGUUCACGGAAAAACACCUCGCAUACGAUGAUGCGACUAAGUUUGCCCCAGCAGCGACGCCGACGCAUAAGUACUCCUCCGGCGGAUCACCGGCGGUCUUGAACCCGCCGAUACUCCACCUCUUUCAGCUGUUCCUCAACCCGCCCGCCGACGUCUUCCCCGACGAGGAGUACUACGAGUCCGUCCGCACCAUCCUCUGGAAGUGCGUUGCGGGCCAGGACUCGCGGCGCAAGAAGCUCGGUCUGUUGGCGUCGUGCACGGCGCUGCUGCCGCACCGCGACGCCCGCGAGCUGGACCACGGGAUGUGGCAGAUCUUUGGGCAGCUCGCGCGCAAGUGUCUUGCGCGCGAGAAGCUGGCGACGCUGCCGCCGGUGGUGGCCGAGUUCCGCGACGUGGUGCGCGUGCUGGAGUGGGGGUGUCCGUAUGAGCUGCAGGGGUGGCGGCGGUUGUAUGAGGAGUUUUGUGCGGUUGUGGCGGCGGAGCAGGGGGAGGGGUAUGUUGCGGCGGUGGUGGUGGAGCCGAUUGCGGAGGUGCUGAGGAAUCUGGCGGUGGAGAUGGAUAAGACGCAGAGCUUGAAGAAGGCGGUGAUGCUGGUGGAGCAUGCGGCGUGGCCGAAGGCGGAGAAGUCGUUUCUGAAGACGCCGUUUGGUGGUGCUGGACGACGCUCGCUGGGGUCGGACGCGUAUGAGAAGCUGUGCGACCUGCUGGACCACCUUUUGAAGCGGUCGUAUGCCCUGUGUGCGGAGGGACUGCCCAUGACGGAUACGCUGGCAUUGAUGGCGGCGCUCGGCGACAUGCUCACACGGUGCCCAAGCGGGGGUAUCCUACCGCUACUGAAGCGCCUUCAGGAGGGCCUCGGUCUCUUCAUUGCGGAUGAGAAGCAGGUUGUUGGCACGAAGAAUACGGACGCUGCUGCGAGGAUUUAUAACUUGUGGGUGAAGGUGCUGGAGACGCUUACGAGGCUCCCGGCGCAUGAUGGGAAGACCUUGGAUGCGCUGCAGGGGUUGGUGACGGCGGGGUUGCAGAGUAGGAGGAAGCAGAUUGUGAAUGUGACGGUGAGGUUCUGGAAUGACACGUUUGGAGAGCAGAGUAGUCUCUUGUAUCCCCCCACUGUCCGUAGCGCACUCAAGAAGCUGCGGCCGAUCGCGGACUUGGUGCUGCCGACCUUCCCGGAGAGUAUUGAGGACGAGUCUGCCAAUACGCCGCCUGAAUUCUCCGAGACCCAGAGCCCGGAUCCGGACGGCGACGAGGACAGCGCAAGAGAGAAUAAUAGUAUUGCCUGGCCCGCGACGCCGCUGCGGAUGGCAUCGCCGUUCCGGAAGAGCAUGUCGCCGGGGAUGAUGGUGAAAGACACGCCGCUGCAGACGACGACGACGUCGUCACGGCGCACUACGCCGGGCAGCGCGCGCAAGGCGCCGCCGCCGAAGCCGAAGCAUAUGGACUCGCAGAUUGAGUUUGCGCCGGUUGAUAAUGGGGCUGCGGGGGCGAUUGACUCGCAGGUGCUGACGGAGCAUCAGAAGGAGGUGAAGGAGCGGCAGAGGAACGGGGAGGCUGGGAAGUUGUUUUCGAGCUUGGUGGUUAAGACGGAGAAGGGGAGGGAGAGGGAGAGGGAGAGGGGGAGGGAGAGGGAGAGGGAGAGGGAGAGGGAGGUUGUGGUGUUGGAGGAUACGCCGGUGGAGGAUAUGGAUGUGUCUAGGAUUGAGGAGACGCAGGUGGGGGAGGAGCAGGAGGAGGAGGGGCAGCAGCAGCAGCAGCAGCAGGAGGAGGAAACGAUUUCGUUCAUAUCGGAGAUGCCUGUGCCGAGGGAGGACUCAAACCCACAGUUCCUGCUGACCCGGCCGCCGACCCAGGAGUCUGGUGAUGUUGCUUCGUCGUCCGAGAUUGAGCUGUCGUCGGAGCCGGAGAUGGACUCUCCUGGGGCGCAGGAGUGGGAGGAGAGCAACGGCGACGACGUCGAGAUGAGCAACCCGACCGACGCCGACGUCGACGCCGACGACAACUCGGACUACGGCAGCAGCAUCUCGGAGCUCCCGUCGAUCGAGGACGACUUUGUCGAUGCGCCGGACCAGCCGCCCCCGAGCAACAGCAGCAGAAGCAGCUCGCCGAGGAAGAAUAUGAUGAUGAAAGUAGAGGUUGCAGCGCCGCCGCCGUCGGCCACGCUCUCGGCGGAGGAGCGGCCGUCGUCGGCGGAGAAGAGCGGCAAUGAGAGCCCGGAUGCGCAGAUCAUCGAUGAGCAGAGGGCAUCGCAUGGGUUGCCGGCGACGCCGAAGCCGGCGAAGGGGAAGAGGAGGGCGAGGAAGAAGGCGAGCCCGGAGGUGUUGGGUACGAUUGUUAUUGCGAGUGAGCCGCCGCCGGCGCAGGAGUCGUCGGUGUGGUAUCGGACGAGGUCUACACGGCUGGCGGAGGAGAAGGAGAGGCAGGGGUCAUUGGAGGUGCCGGAGGCAGGGGGGGGCAGUACGAAGGUUUCUAAGCCUAAGUCGGUUGAGAAUACUCCGUCGAGAGCAGCGAAGAAUGCGACGCCGUCAAAGGCAUUAAAAGGGAAAAAGACGGCAGAUACGCCUUCGAGGAAGGGCAAGGCCGUUGAAGCCACCCCAUCGCGCGUCUCACCGCCACGGACGAGAGCGUCUGCCCGGAGGGGAGUUUCGGAGACGCCUAAAGCUAUUGUAGAGCCCGCAUCGCGGAAACGGAAGUUCCUAGCCACAGAUGACAGCCCGGUCCCUGGCUACGAGAGCCACCAAUCAGGGACCGAGCACGCCCCCUCCCCCACGCCCAAAGGGCGCCGCCGCAGGUCCGACAACCCGCCGCCGGUGAAGCGGGGCCGUGUUGUGGAGGAGGUCCCUGCCGACCCGGAUGUGUCCUUUGUGGGGGAGACCCAGCUGAGCUAUGGAUCGUCCAUCCCGGAUACGUACGAGCAGGAGGUGGACGAGCUUGUCCGGGCGACGCCGUAUGCGGGGAGGGCAGUGGGCAUCUUUGAUAAGACUGGCGUUGAGGCGGAGGGCGAGGUUGCUGCGUCGACUCCUGGGGGGAAAAGACGGAGGGUGAAGGAGAUGGUGGAGGAGACGCCGGUGCCUGCGGAGGUGCCGGCCCUCGCUGCCGCCGUCGAGGAGGAGGUGGAGGCGGUGCAGGAGGAGGAGGGGGAGGAGGGGCUCACGGGUGUUGAGGCGGAUGCGGCGACGCCUAGCAAGAGGCGGAAAAUGAAGAAGAGGCAGCCGGCGCGUGCGGGGCGCCGCAGUCCUGCAGCGAAGGGGGGUCAGAAGUCGUUGACGGAGACGGAGGAGGACGAGGCUACCCCGCCGUCGUCGCAGGUGGAGAUAUCGGCGGCGUCGGAGAGCACAGGGGCGACAGUCGUGGUGGGUUCGUCGGGGCCGAGUGUGGUGGCGUCCAGCAGUGUGGUGUCGAGUGCGGCGUCGGAGCCCGUGACGGGCCGGAGCGCGAUCGAGGGGCUGAGAAGUGCGCUAGGGGUGUUGGAGACGGUGGGGUUGACGCAGGAGGAGUCGAGGGAGACGGAGGAAAUCAUUUUGGGCGCGUUUAUGAAUAUUAGGAGACGGGGACGCGAGUAG